UGCGAAUCGAAGACGAGCCAAGAGAAGGACGACCAUCCAAGCACCGUGGUCAUCUGCCGAAGUGAUGAUCGGUUUGUUUUGGAGCAGGAUAUGUGCCUUGCGUGCGGCUCCUUCGGUGACCCCGAGUCCCUCAUCGCGUGUGCCCAGUGCGGACAGUGUUUCCACGCCUUCUGUGCCCAAGUUAAUCGCAUCUCGCGGACGAUGCGUGAAAAGGGCUGGCGGUGCCUCGAUUGCAUUAUCUGCGAGAGCUGUGGCCAGGGCACCGACGAAAAUCUCCUCCUGUUGUGUGACGACUGUGACAUAAGCUACCACACCUUCUGCCUGAAACCGCCCCUCACGGAAGUGCCCAAGGGCGGCUGGAAGUGCACCAAUUGUGUCUCCUGCCUGCAAUGUGGCAAUCGGUCGCCGGGCGUCAAUGGCCAGUGGUACGCCAAUUACACCCAGUGCGCACCCUGCGCCUCCCUUUCAGUCUGCCCUGUUUGCACCCUCUGCUACCGCGACGGGGAGUUAUUGGUCAAGUGUGCUACCUGUGCUCGGUGGUCCCACGCCGGAUGCGAUCAACUCCGCACUGAAGAGGAAUUGGAUUUUGUCGUGGAUUUGGGCUAUAAUUGUGCCCUCUGUAGGGAACAUGGUGCUCCCUAUGGCCACGGCCAUCAGCAGCUCUUGGCCUUUCGUGCUCAGAACGGCAGUUCAGUUCCGUUUCCGGCUACUUGGAGGUCGGGCGAAGGUGUCGAUAAUCUCUUUGCUGACAAGUUGCCUUCCUGCCCAUCGCUGCUCGGUUUUGGCUCUGCUGGUUCAUCAUCCGCUCGGUCUGAUGACGAACACGACUCUCCCGAGCCGAGGCACUUCUUUAUGGAUGGUGUGGUUCUUAACCGGGCGGGCCUAAACACAAUACGCCGAGCGAUGUUGAAAGGCCAGCCAAAACGACCACCAGUUGUUCCUCGACAGAAGAACUCCCAGACCUCAUCAACUCCCACGCCAGACGCCCACUCGGCUGUAGACACUGCUCCGCCAUCGGUGUAUACCCCUGCGGACGAGGAUGCAAGCCAGCACUCUGGCGCUGACGCCGAUUCGGAGUUCACGUCGGCCAUUUAUGGUGAGAUGGCUAAGUCGCCACGAAGUAUCAUCUCCGAGGAGGAUGUCGCUCAUGGCGGUGGAGCAACAGGUGACUCCAGCUCCACCACGAAUGGUGGCGGCAGCGCCAACGUAGUCCCCAUGGAUACCUCCAACCCGCUGACGUCUUCCGUCCCGGCUUCAUCUGCAUCGGCG